AGGGUUUUCGCCAGAAGUUGACAAAAAGUAGAAAUGAACACGAAGUGGGUCCGAUCAGAUCGCAAGCCACAGCCGGGUCAGAGCUGUUUAUCUUCUUCUUCGUAAACUCGACGAAAUUUCAGUAAAAUAGUUUGCGCCACAAGAGAUUAGGGUUUUAAAAACUAAAAUUCCCAAAAUUAAGCUAAUUUAAACCUCACAAAAAUCUUCUUCUCUGGUUACUCUGCUAUCAUAUUAAAAAACACGAGCUCCAGCCUCCUUUUCUUUUUAAUCUCAAAAAUCAUUCCUGAAAAUUGUGGAAGAAAAGGAACAAAUUUACGAAGAUGUCAAGCAGUUGUUCUUUUUGUUGUAGACCCAUAAAUUUAUGCCCGAUUAAAACUGUGAUGUCACCAGGAAAAGUGGAAUUUAUAACGCCAAGAACGGUUAGGUUUCAUUUUGGAAGAAUUAGGGCUUCAAAGGUGGAGUCUUAUGGGAGCUCUCCUGAUUUUGUUGAACGCAUGGAACGUGCCUGGUUGAUUUCUCAGCAACCAAGGCCUGUUGCUUGUUCCUCUUGUGAUUCAAAUGGGAAUGUCGAAUGCAAAUGGUGCAGUGGAACUGGUUUCUUUAUUAUCGGCGAUAACAUGCUGUGUCAAGUCCCUUCAAGAAACACAGCUUGUGUUAUCUGUGCAGGAAAGGGUUCUGUAUGCUGUUCUGACUGCAAAGGAACUGGCUUCCGUGCGAAAUGGCUUGGGGAACCUCCAGUUGCCAAAUAAUAGCAUGACAUUUGUGGCAAUUGUGCAAAGGUUGCUGCUGCAUUGAACAGCUGAAUUUCUGUGGUUACAGCUUGAAAUCAACUAUGUGGUGGAAUUUGCCAGCUUAACAUCUUUAACAUAUAAUUUAUACGGGUCUAUAACAGUGAUUUUCCACCUCCUUUUUGUGUUUAUAAAUGUGAUACAGUUCCAUUAUUUCAUUAUGUCAACAAAAUAUCAAUUGAUUUGUAGAAUGAACACUGAAGUGCUCAAUAGACCAUAUAGAUUGAUGUUUCCAUUUUGUGCCUUUAUUGAACACUGAGCAAGUUCACAUUGUGAUUA